GAUGCUACUGCUAUCAUCACCGCACAGUCCUUCAUUAACCUGGGAUCUAACAGAGGGAACUAAUGCACCUAAAGUAAGUAUGACUAAGUUCCCUCCUAAAAUCAUGGCUCAUUAAGGAAAUUCCAACUACCUGCAGAACUAACAAUGGGGGAUCUUAGUUCUGCUGCGGAUUCCAUAUACACAGAAGGCUGAGUCUGGAUUCUUUCCCACCAUUAACUGUUUACCUCCCACACAAGACUUGUGUUUGAAAUCACCUGUCAUCCCCAACUUUACAUCUUCACUUUUUAUCAGUAUAACCAUGGAGUGUACAAGUUCUACGAGACUUCAUACCAGCUGGAACCCCAAUCAGGACCCACAAAGGGAAUAAUACUUUGUAAAGCACAGCAUGAAUUCUAUGACAUUUGGAAACUAAUAUCAGAACUGGGUAGCACAUUAUCACAAGAACAUCACCCAUAUGGCCAGAGAGGACAACAUAUUGCCCUGUAAAGAUCCUAAGAAAGAACUAUGAUAGCAACUGGAGGUGUCAUAACAGGACUGGCCGCCUUGAAGAGGCAAGAUUCAGCCAGAUCCCAGCAUCUUUUGUCCAGACCUGCAUCACCACCUCCUGAAAAGAAACCUGUAAGGCGCCGUCCCCGAGCAGAUGUAGUUGUUGUGAGAGGGAAAAUUCGGCUUUACUCUCCAUCUGGCUUUUUUCUUAUUCUUGGAGUAGUAAUAUCUGUUGCAGGAAUAGCUAUGGCAGUUCUUGGGUACUGGCCACAUAAAGAACAAUUUUUAACAUCAGAAGUCACCAUAGAGGUUAAUAAGACCCACAUGUUUGGAGAAGCUGGAAUGAUGGUAACGUUUUUUGAACAACAUUUACACUCAGAAAAAAUGAAAAUGUUGGGACCGUUCACAAUGGGUAUUGGAAUAUUUAUUUUUAUAUGCGCCAAUGCAAUACUUCAUGAGAAUCGAGACAAGGAGACCAAGGUCAUUCACAUGAGAGAUAUUUAUUCAACUGUCAUAGACAUUCAUAGCAUGAGGAUAAAAGAGCAGAAACAUUUAAAUGGAGCCUUUUCAGGCUUGUAUGGGGAAGCUGAAUACAGACCUCCUGACAAUCCUUGUGCAUCUAAACUUGCAGCAAACACGAUUGCCUCAUUUUCAAAUAGCUACAAAAGCUGCAGCUCCAUGGAUGAUGAGGAAAGCAGCCCUCGUCCUAAUAAAAGCUUUGCUAACCUUCUGCCACCUCUUCUCAUGGAACGCUCUGGUUUUGGUCUUCACUCUCAUUCCAACAAGGUAACAGAUGAUAGAAGUAGUGGUUCUAAAAAAUGCGAGACAAAAUCGAUUGUAUCAUCAUCAAUCAAUGCUUUUACAUUGCCUGUAAUAAAGCUGAACAAUUGUGUUAUUGAUGAACCUGACAUUAAUAACAUAACUGAAGACUCAGAAAAUAAUAGUAGGCAAAGAAAUGUAUCAAUAGAUUCAUUAGCUAUUCCAUCACCAGUCAUAAAUAGACCUUAUAAACCUGCUAAUACCCCACUACAGCGCAGUUAUUCCAAUAUAGAAGCACUGACCACUGAACCUUCAAUAGCAACUGGACCCCCUAGUGGGCAACUUUUAUCACCAGGAGCUGCCAGGAAGCAAUUUGGAUCUAAUACAUCUUUGCAUAUUUUGUCUUCACAUUCCAAAUCUUUAGACUUAGACAGAAGACCUUCUACUCUUACAGUUCAGGCUGAACAAAGAAAGCACCCAAGCUGGCCAAGACUUGAUCGUAGCAAUAGCAAAGGGUACAUGAAACUUGAGAAUAAAGAAGAUCCAAUGGACAGGUUAAUAGUGCCACAGCAAUCUCAAUCUGCAAAAAAGGACUAUACCAACAAGGAAAAACUACUCAUGAUCUCAAGAUCACAUAAUAAUUUGAGUUUUGAACAUGAUGAAUUUUUGAGCAACAACCUAAAGAGAGGGACUUCUGAAACAAGAUUUUAAUAUGCUAUAUUUUCUUGAAACUAUGUUCUAUUACCCAAAAUAUUAGAAUUUUCUUCUUUUGGUAAAUUGUUUUUAAUUGUUUAUUACCAAAAAGUCAAUUGUUACAGUUGAUCACGGAGGAGUAGCUGUAUGUAUUAAUGACAAAUAACUAUGACUGAUUAACUCUUAUGUAAUUCAUGUGGUUUGUGUAAGCCAAAGAAGUGUUCCCAUGGAAUUCCAAUGCUUACUUCAACUAUUUUUAUGUUUUUUUUUAAAUAGUUAAAUGUGCCCCAAAUUAUAAAUGUCUUUUUUUUUUGUAUGGUAUCUUUGGUAUGUAAUAAUCCACUGAAACUGCUACAAUGUAUUGUUUGGAGAGCGAAGGUAAGUUGAGAUCUGAAAAGCCAAAGUAAAUAAGUACUGUAUGUAAUAAAUUACUUAUACUGAUGAGAUAUAGUUGUUGAAAAGUAUAACAUGCAAAUUGUCUUUUUUUAACAAACUUUUUAAAAAAACUACUUUAGUGAAAGUAUAUUUUAUUGUCUACAUUGUGAAAUUUCACCAUAUUAAAAUGUGGUAAUUAGUCUUUGCU